AGAGAGCAGGGCAGAGGAGGGGGAGAGAGAGAGAGAGAGAGAGGUGAAAUUUGAAAUGAAAAGGGAAAAAUGUGUGCUGGUUGUCGUAAACGAUGUUUCCCACGUCAUAGGGUGGCCUUACCUAGCUGGAUGUCAGCCCCACCAUUGACCCACCUCUUCUUCUCCCCAAUCCUUCUCUUUCUCUAUAUUUCUCUUCACCUCUUCCUUCUUACUUCAAACAACAACUGCUUCACAACACAACACAACACUCUUCUCUUCCUUCUUCAAACUCUAAUUUUGACCUCAAAUUAAAUCUCACCAUUUUUUACUUCUCUCCCUCUUCAUCCUUUUCCCACAUUCUCACUUUUAGUCUAAAUAAAUAAAUCUCAUCCCUCGGCAUUGCACGCUCAACAUCAUCACCUCCAACAUGACCCCUCUCUUAUCCUCUUUCUCCCUCACCGACAUAGCCUCCUACCUCGUAUGCUUCCUCCUCCUCCUCAUUCUCCUCGAACAGAUCUCCUACCUUGCCAAGAAGGCUUCCAUCCCAGGACCCUCCUUCGUCGUCCCCUUCCUUGGAAACGCAAUCCCAUUGGUCCGCAAUCCAACCAACUUCUGGGACCUUCAGUCCUCUCUGGCAAAGUCCACCCCUUUGGGCUUCUCCGCCAACUACAUAAUCGGCAACUUCAUCGUUUUCAUCAGAGACACCGAACUCUCCCACAAGGUCUUCGCCAAUGUCAGGCCCAACGCUUUCCACCUGGUGGGCCACCCCUUCGGCAAGAAGCUAUUCGGCGAACACAACCUUAUCUACAUGAUGGGUCAAGAACACAAGAAUCUCCGCCGUCGCAUCGCCCCCAACUUCACCCCCAAAGCCCUCUCCACCUACACCUCGCUCCAGCAGAUUAUCAUCCUCGAUCACCUCAAGUCCUGGGUUGCCAAAGCUCAAGCCCAAACCGAUUCCAUUCCGCUCCGUAUUCUGGCCCGUGACAUGAAUCUCGACACCUCCCAGACCGUCUUCGUGGGCCCCUACUUGGGCCUCAAAGCCAGAGAGCGCUUCGAGAGGGAUUACUUUCUAUUCAACGUUGGCCUUAUGAAGCUUCCGUUUGAUUUCCCCGGCACCGCGUUUCGAAACGCGAGGCUCGCCGUGGACCGGCUCAUCGAAACGCUGGCCACCUGCACCGAGAUGAGCAAAACCAGGAUGCAGAAAAGGGAAGAGCCUUCGUGUCUGAUUGAUUACUGGAUGCAGGAAACGCUCAGGGAAAUCGAGGAGGCCAAGCUCACCGAAGAGCCGGCGGCACCGUUCUCCACCGACGCCGAGAUUGGUGGUUACCUCUUUGAUUUUCUCUUUGCGUCGCAGGACGCGUCCACUUCGUCGCUGCUGUGGGCGGUGGCACUGCUGGAUUCGCAUCCGGAGGUGCUGGCGAAGGUUAGGGCAGAGGUGGCAGGAGUCUGGUCGCCGGAGUCGGACGAGCUGAUUACCGCGGAGAUGCUCCGGGAGAUGAAGUAUACGCAGGCGGUGGCUCGUGAGGUAGUGAGGUUCCGGCCGCCGGCGACGCUGGUGCCGCAUAUCGCGGCGGAGAGGUUCGCGCUGACGGAGUCGUACACGAUACCGAAGGGGGCGAUCGUGUUCCCGUCGGCAUUCGAGUCGUCGUUUCAGGGGUUCAGUGAACCGGAGCGGUUCGACCCGGAGCGGUUCUCGGAGGAGAGACAGGAGGACCAAGUAUUUAAAAGAAACUUUCUGGCCUUCGGUGCGGGGCCCCACCAGUGUGUGGGUCAAAGGUACGCAUUGAAUCAUCUCGUUCUCUUCAUCGCGUUGUUCACCACGUUGAUCAAUUUCAAGAGGGACAGAACGGACGGUUGCGAUGAGAUCGCGUACGUACCCACCAUAUGCCCUAAAGACGAUUGCAGGGUGUUUCUCUCGCAACGCUGCACACGAUAUCCUUCCUUCCCUGCAGUCGAUGACCUGAUGAAAUGACCCAAACACCCUUUCACAGGCUUUACUUUUCCUUCUCAUUCAUCGCAUGCAGGUUCUUUUUUACCCAUUUUUUUUAAUUUAAUUCCAUUUGGAUCGAAAAUUAGGAGAUCUUGAAAAUAUUUUAUGAUAAAAAAUCGUUGGUGUUGACUUUUGUUUUUGUCCUUUAUCUGUUGGGUUGGAUUUGUGAAAUGUUGGAAUUAUUGUUAUUCUUGCUAUAGUUUGUGUAUGUGAAUGUAAGAGGUGAUUGGAUGGUGGAUGAUUGGUGGUUAUAAGCAGUGAAUAAAAUUAUGUAAGGAAGAAAGAUGCCAAAUUUAUUGAAUUGAGAUGAGAUGAGAUUGCCCUGUGAA